AGGACAAGUGUUUGGUAUUUCUGUCUGCAUUUCAGUCUGAUAUAAACAGACAGGGCGAGUGUAUACACGUGCGUUCUGUAUGAGUGCAUGUGAGUGUGCACUUCAUGUUUGUUUUUUUUGGCUGCUGUUAGUCAAAAUGAAAGCAAAGCAGCUCUAACAUACGACGGCACUUCACGCAGCUACGUAUCACACGGCCACACUGAGCUGCUAAAGGAGCGCACCGCUGGUAUUGUUACAUCUCUGGUCUCCUCCUUCCUUCCUCUUCCUUUCCCCUCCCUUCACUCAUCCAUCCAUCCGUCCACCCCCUCUGCUCUCCACACACGCACACCGAUCUGCGCAUCACCUCCUCCGGCACAAUGACCAACGAUUCACCGGAGGAGGAGACCCGAGCUCCGGGCGGCGGCGGAGGAGGAGGAGGUGGUGGAGGAGGGAAAGUGAUCAGUCGAAGGAACCGAGCGGACGACAAUGUGACGAUCCUGACAUCGUCCAUGGAUUUACAGCGAGCCAGCCGGAGCCGAGCCAGCAGCAGCAACGAUGCCGCCCCGAGCAUCACAUCCUCCGUGGAUCUGAGCACAUCCUCCCUGGAGCUGAGCAUCCAGACGCGGAUCUUUAAGAUCAUCGUCAUCGGGGACUCCAACGUGGGGAAGACGUGCCUCACCUUCCGCUUCACCGGGGGAAGCUUCCCCGACAAGACCGAGGCCACCAUCGGCGUGGAUUUCCGGGAGAAGGCGGUGGAGAUUGAAGGGGAGACGAUCAAGGUGCAGGUAUGGGACACAGCAGGCCAGGAGCGCUUUCGGAAAUCCAUGGUGGAACACUACUACCGUAAUGUCCAUGCUGUGGUCUUUGUGUAUGAUGUCACCAAGAUGGCCUCCUUCCGCAACCUGCAGACAUGGAUAGAGGAAUGUAAUGGCCAUCGAGUCUCGGCAUCAGUGCCUCGAGUCCUGGUGGGAAACAAGUGUGACCUCGUGGACCAAAUACAGGUGCCCUCAAACACUGCAUUAAAGUUCGCCGACUCCCACAACAUGCUGCUGUUUGAGACGUCCGCCAAGGACCCGAGAGAGAGUCAGAACGUCGAUUCUAUCUUUAUGUCGCUGGCCUGCCGCCUGAAAGCCCAGAAAUCCCUGCUCUACCGGGACGUGGAGAGAGAGGACGGGAGAGUCCGACUCACACAAGAGACUGAAACAAAGAGUAAUUGUCCGUGUUGAGAAAAAGGAGGAGUGGGAGGCAUAAUGGAAGGGGAAGAGAGAAGAGUAACUGUGCAUGUGGAGGAAGAGGAUAGGAGGGAUGAUGGGAGAGUGAGGCUAAAACAAGAGUCUUUUAAAUUAAGUGCAACUUUUCUGGUUUGGGAGGGGAAAUGGGAGGUUGAGGCUGACUCUUAGAGCAACGUGUUUCAAGGAAGAGGAGGACAGGGGAUGUAAACAUCAUACAUAUUGUGAUUCUUGAGGAUGAGGAUAGGGAGGAGGGGUGACGAAAGAAGAUUUAUUAACAAUUCAGAAAUGAGACGAUGUUGCCUUUUAGACUACAACAUAGUGUAGAAAUUCUUCCGUUUAUUCAAAACAGACAUAAAGUGAAUUCUUUCACUCUGCCCAGUGAACAGGCAAACACAAGCGAUGAGUCAUUUAAGGAUCUACAACAAACAGUCUUGAUGCUAGGCUGUUGUUCCCUGCCCCUGUUUGGUGUUUAUGACAGCCAUUGCUAAGCAACAUUUGGAGGCAACAUAUCAGAAGAGUCUUAUUUUUGCUGCCUUUGAUAUUCAUCCACAUCUGAGCUGAAAGCAGCAUUUCAUGACCUUUUUCCUACUGCCUUAAAAAGCUGCCUCUGUCUUGGUUUUAAGGACUUAGUCAGGCAUAAGUAGCAAGGAGGUUUUAAGUAUUUUAACCAAUCGAGAUCAUGUAGAAAUAUCAACUAUUUAAAAGGUUGAAUGAGACUCUUUUUGACUCCGAAUUUUAAUGUACCUGAUAGGUAUCUGGGUCAGUACUUCACAAGUUGACUUAAAAUCACUGUGAGAUCACAAAUACAUGGGAAAGAUGGGAAAACACUUCUUAGACAAACUUAAUGUGGAUGGAAUAUGGGACAUAAAGGUCUAAAUGAGCUCACAGGACCUAUGCAGGAAGACCUUGACAUGAAGGUUUCCUGAAAAUGGAGCAUCCAGAGGUUGUCAGACAGCAUGUCACGUAUUGAUUCAGAGGCUGGAAGAUCCUCUUACCCUUAUGCAGGACAAAUGUACUCUCCUACAAAGAAGAGCCAAAAGGGAGCCUUGCCAUCAAGGCAAGGCUCCCUUUUCUCAUUUAAUCCUGGUGGAAACAUAUCCCCUCUAUGCUCACCCUCUAGCACAGUGGCUUAUCCAACUCCCCCUUUGUGUGCAAAUGUAAAAACAUCCAGUAUGAACUCAAAAUAGCCGGUCAGCAACAGCAAUUCCAUAUUCCUUAAUGACAAUUUUUCGAAGUAAAGACACUCUUUCUGGUUUGAAUAAUGUACUCUCCACAUCCAGUCCGUUCUGUUUCCCAAGGCGUUGAAUACAGCAGCUUUGUCAGUGGCCGUCGCCAUAUGAUCGUGACGCACAAGACACCCUUUAGCAUCUAUAAUGAAAUGCACCAGGCAUCAUCUCCAGUGUAAACUGACUGCGGCAAUGACAUAGUAUAAAGAGAAUGGAUGUUUUAAGAGACCUGGAUACAGAAUUGGAGUGAGACCCAGUUCAUUGCUAUGAAAGAUGCUCAGUAGUGCUUGAAACAAUAAACACUCUAUUUCGGCAGUAUGAAAGUACCCAGAUCUUCCACAAUAUGUAGUCCGUAGAACAUGCGCACCAGAGACUUACAGUGGCCAAGGGCCACUGAGAGUGCGUCCAAGCAGCUUUCUGCCGCCAGCCAAACAGAUACGUGGCUAAGCUUCCAGUUUAGACACAAUGAUUUAAUUUUGCGGCUCUUCUAGGCUUUUCAAAUGAUAUCGGACCAAAUGGAUCAAAUCCUGAAAACUUGGCUUCAAAG